UCUUUUCCGCAUGCAGCACUUUUCUGUUACAGGCGUUAAACAAACAACAACUGUCAAAAGUCGUGUUCUCAAAAAAUAAAAUAAAAAGAAAACUCUUAAAAAAAUUCAUUUUGAUUUUUCACGAAAAAUUCUCACUUUUUUACUUUCAACUCAAUAAUUCGCACACAUUUGGAAUUUAUUGUUUAUUAAAACCGCACUCAAACGAAACGUGAAUAUUUAAGCUUUAAAUUGGACACAAAUUGGCUGGGCCACGCAUCGAACGAAAAAAGAUGGAAAUGGAAAUAACCAAAGGGAUGCCUUAGGCAUCACGACAGAAUGCUUGCCAUUACCAAACGCUGCGGCUGUUGCCUUACAAAUUAAACGAAAUACGAAUCCAAACUUCAUAUUUUUCUGAAGCUUCUCAAAAACUAAAAAAAACUCUCUUAGAACUUCCGGGAAAUUUCUUGAGACGUUAAAAUUAACAUAAAGAAAAAAAAUAAAAUAACCCUCAUUUAACCACUAUCUCCUAUUUCCACCUCCUCCUCUUCCUUCUCCUCUUUUCUGCACAAUGACUAAUUGUGAAAUUGUUAUCGUUGCAACAACUGAUGAACCAGCAACGGACAUACAACUCCCAUUCAACGUGAUAACCUCAGCGGCAACAGUUUCAGCAGCUGGUGUCACCACUACCACUCAUCACCUCGCGCCACUGCAACAAAGUUCGGAACAGCAAGUGCUGCAAUUGCAAACCGACGACAUUCAGCAGCAAGUGCAAACGGCGGCGGGCACAUUGCCGCCGCAAUUGGAUCGUUAUCCAGCCAACAGUCAGGAGAAGCCAUUCCAAUGCAGCAUUUGUGAGCGACGGUUUCGACAGUUAAGCACAUUAACGAACCACGUCAAAAUCCACACCGGCGAGAAACCCUACAAAUGCACGAUAUGCGACAAAACCUUUCGACAAUCGAGCACCCUCACGAAUCACAUGAAAAUCCACACCGGCGAGAAACCUUUCAUUUGUUCGUUCUGUCCCAAACAGUUCCGCCAAUUGAGCACGCUUACAAAUCACCUCAAAAUUCACACCGGCGAGAAACCUUUCGAAUGUGCCGUCUGCAAAAAACAAUUCCGCCAAUCGAGUACGCUCAACAAUCACAUAAAGAUCCACGUGAUGGACAAGGUGUAUAUACCCGUGAAGAUCAAGACCGAAGAGGAAGAGGGAUGACUGGAGAUGGUGGCCGAUGGUCAGACACCGGUCACCACGCCCAAUCACCAGACACAACUCCAACAGCUUCCGCUCCAGCUCCAACAGCAACAACAGCAGCAGCAGCAACAGCAGCAGCAGCAAACGCACCAGGUUGUUUUGGACGCAACGCAAUUAGCCGAAGGAAUAAUCUCUGCAGCUGACGUGGUGAAGAUCGAGGUGAACAGCGUACAAUCGGACUGCGACUAUCCAGCUUAUAAAGUUACUUACACCACCUGAAUGAAGUUGAUCGCCAGCAUGAAGCAUAAGCAAAAUCAAAGCAUGAACUUGUCCAACGCUCUCACACACAAAACAAACAAUUCAAAAGUCCGCGACGACCAAACACUUGGAUUCCAAGCAAUGACUGUUUUAUUUCCGAUUUCCGAUUCCGAUUACGAUUCCCCUCGAAAACCACCUUCGAAAACUUAUUCUAAUGUUCUAAGAUGUCUUAUGCCAAAACAAAUAAAAACAGCAACAACAAAACAAAAAUCAAUUUUCUUAACACUUCUAAUCUUCUGAAUAUCUCAAAAAAAAUAAAAACAAAACUUGGACUGCUUCAAAACAAAACAAAAAGAAUCAUUUGUGUUUUACCAAAAUAAAUAAAAAUAAUAACAAAACAAAAAACAGACGAGAAAAGAAAACUUAAACCAAGAAAAACAUCAAAACACGAAAACAGCUACUAAUCCUUAAUGAUAAUGUGUGCCAUUAGAAUAAUUAAUAAAAGAAGUUCCUAUAAGAAUUACAUACUUAAUAAUUUUGUUUUGCCAUAAAUAAAAAGAGAGACGAAAACACAUAAAUGGUAGACACAUUUUUUUCUUAUUUCUGUUUAAUUAAAUGUAUAUUUUAAUGUUCUUAUGUCCCACGAAAACAUUCGUUUAAUUUUUCAAAAAACAAAAA